CCUGAAAUCACUUAUCACAGGAACAGGCGGUUUGCCAUGCUGAUAUUCAGCUUAGAUUCUAGACUUAACUAGAUUCACAAUUCCGGGUAUAAUUACGAGGUCCUUGAAAUCUGGCCUGUUGCUGGGCGGCGGUGACGGGAUAUAGAAAACCGUGAACCCUAAGGGAGCUUGGCUAACAGUAGACAGAAACAUGUUAACCCCAGUUUCAAAGCCCUUCUUCCCAGCCCAAAAUUCGUCUUGCUCUAUCAAUUCCCCAGUCAACCAGAAUCCCAAUAGACUAAGUAUCGCCGUUCUCUGCCCAACGCGUUAAUUAACCUCUUCUUAGCUACCGAGUCCGCCGCAAUGUCUAGUUUCGCUUCCGCCCUCCUCAUACCCUGUCACAGCUCUGCAUGGAACACCCAGCGUCUGAAGAGUAUCAUCGGGAUCUGGGCUCUCCUUGGACAACUCCUUCCUAGUGCCUCCCACCUUGGAGAGUAUUCCUACAACCGUCCUGAUGCUAGACCGGAGGUUGAAGAGAGCUUUUGCAAAAAAACAAAACCACGAGAUUUGGCGAAGCACGGAGCAGCAGUGGUGCGGGUUGGGGGGCAUCCUACGACAUGCCGAGUCCAAAAGUUUUGAAGGCGGUGCCCCAACAGGCCAGCCACCAUGAAUCUGCGGCCGGCAAGUCUAUCCAAAUGAAGAGUGACGACGAAUCUGGCACCAGUACUCUUCGAGUCUGCCUUGCAGGUAACGAAUGCUGCCGCUUCCGUCAGGAGAACCACACAAAAAAGGCACGGUCAGGAUAGAGGAUUCCAAGACAACGAAUGCCUAGCCCAUUGAUAGAAGCCAACGCAGAAAAAAAGAACGCGCGUCUGAUCGUGUCAAGACGGGCCAUGCCCACGUGCUGG